GGGAACCGGGAGGCGCGGCAUGGCGGCCUGCAGGGCCCGCGGGAGGAGCCUCCGCCCGGCGGCGUGGGCCGGCCGUGGGCCGCCCCUGUGCAGGCCGCGCGCGGACAGCGGCCCUGCGCGGGCCCCGGAGCGCGGGGAGGCCGCGCCGAGCCGGGCCUCGGCAUUCCGUCCUCCUCGGAAAUCUUGUCAUGACUGGAUAGGGCCCCCGGAUAAGCACUCCAACCUGCGGCCUGUCCACUUCCACGUCCCUGAGCGUGAGUCGCCGCUGCAGCAGAAGCUCAGAGAACUGAGACGAGAAACGCAGCAGUGGAACCAGCAGUUCUGGGCGUGCCAGAACCUGGCUUUUACCAAGGAAAAAGAGGAGUUUAUCCGCUCGAGACUCGAAGCCAAAGGCCUGGGACCCAGAACGGAGUCAGGUCAGAAAGCAACACUGAAUGCAGAGGAAAUGGCCGACUUUUACAAGGAGUUUCUUAGUAAGAAUUUCCAGAGGCACAUGGACUAUAACAGAGGCUGGUACAGGCGCAAUCUCAUCAUUACCUUCUGCAUGGCGAGAGUGGCCCUGGAGAGGCUCUGGAACACGCUCAGACGGAGGCCCAAAAGCACUUAACAGCCCGCCUGACCGCCUGGCCCUGGCGCCCACU